AUGGCAGGGGGUGUCCACGAUGGACAUGCGACAGAUCAGAUGCUGCCGACUGUGCGGUUCGUGAGUGCUGGUGAUGCCGCGAUGCCAGUCUCGAAGGUCUCGAAGGUUGCACCGGCCGUCCCCAAGGAGUGCUGGUCAGACCAGGCGCCCGACUCCACUCCGGAGGUCGAGAGGAGUUCGGGCAGAUCAAGCCCGGCGCCUGCUCGAGGGAGCCACCAGAGCCAGGAUUCGCCUCAGGGCGAUGUGAACGCCACCAAAGUAAGGACCUCGAGCCUCAAAGACAGAAACAGAGGCCGACGCAGCAGUCUCCAAGAGGGGCGUGAACAACGAAGUUUGGCGCGAGCGAAAGCCAAGAAAAAGCUGCCCAACGGCUUUGCCUUACAAGAGCGCAUGGAGAACAAGGUGACCGCACGACGCCGGAUAUCUCAAAUCGCAGCGCAGGAGCAGCAUAGCCGCUGGACUAGGGCACGCUUAUGGCUGCUCCCUGUGGUUCGCCACAAGUACUUCAACCUGUUUGCUGCCAUCGUGAUCAUGGCAAACGCUUUGUUCAUGGGAGUGGAGACAUCCUACAUUUCCUGCUCUGGUGAUGUGGAGGGGAUCGAAUGGUAUGUUGCCAAUGUUUGUUUCACCCAGCUUUUUGUUGUGGAGCUCACACUUCGCUGGUUUGUAGAAGGCCUACCUUUCUGGUUCGAUCCCUGGAACAUCUUUGAUGCGCUCUUGGUUCUGUUUUCGUUGUUCGACGAUUUCGUGCUGGCUUUCCUGCUCUCGGACACAUCCCAAUCCCAGAAUUUGAAGGUGGUUUUCAGAAUCGCCCGGAUGAUACGGUUUGUGCGGGUGCUACGGCUGCUCAGACUGUUCAAGGGCCUCUGGUACCUGGUGGAGGGCAUUGUGGCAUCGCUGAGUUCGCUGGCUUGGGCCUGGCUGCUCUUAAUUGUCAUGAUGUAUCUUCCAGCUAUAUUUGUCACACAGACAUUCGGGAGAGAUGUGAAUGCCGAUGCAAAGACACUAGAGUACUUCGGCUCGCUUCCGCAGAGCAUGUACACGCUCUUCAAGGUUAUGACAAUGGAGACAUGGGCAGAUAUUGCCCGGCAUACGGCCAGGUUAUAUCCAGGUGCUGAGAUCUUCUUCGUGCUGUACAUCUUCUGUACCAGUGCCUUGGCCUGCGGUCAACUGUGGCAAACGGUGCGGAAUGUCGUCGUUGCUGUGAUUGUGCAGAACACAUGUGCCUGGGCACGGCAGUUGGAGCUUCUUUGCCUGUCUCUGGCCGGUGUCCACGCGAAGGAGAGGCAAGAAGACAUGCGCUCCUUCCAGGAAAAGAAGGAUGCCAGUGCCAUGCUCAAGAUUCUGGAAGUCUUCCAGACUGCAGAUGUCCAGAACACUGGUUCAGUCACGAAGAAGGAGUUUCUGGAAGCCAUGAACAUCCCGUCCGUUAUGCAGCUGAUGCAUGAGGCCGUACAGAUCGACGUGCGGCAGGUGGAGACCUUGUUCGACGUCCUCGACUACAACAGCUCAGGCACGCUGGAUUCCGAAGAGUUCGUGGAGGCCGGUCACCGGGACGCAGUGAAGGGCCAAGAGCAAGCUUGGUUCUUGCUUUGCAGCACCACGUUUGGGAGUCUGGUUUGCCAGGACGAGCACGACACCAUCAAGACGCUUGAACAGCUCGAAGAUGAGAUUGGGGAAGCGUUCGAUGGGAUGAACAGGCUCAUUGAGACAUUCCAUGCCAACUUGCUGUCGGCGCGUGGAGCAACGGCAGAGCAUGCUGAACACAUCGUCACUGGCAGCGAUCACUAG